AUUCUUAUACAUGCAUUAAAACCCUCAUUUCCUCUUCUAUCACAUCAUCAACUUCGGGCUCAUUAUUUUCUGUUUUAUAAAAAUCUCAUGCCACUACAAAACACCUACGCAUUUAGCAAAUAUAUUGGAGCUCGUACUCUAUGUCCGAGUCUGCCACAAAUUACAUCACAUUCAGACUCUCUUUUCUUAUCUAAUUAUUCUUUACUGACCAGUUUAUAUAUUUCUACUUUACAUACUCAGUUUUGAUGUAAUGUGAUCAAACUUUUUGCUAUGGGGAAGAAGAGUGGCACCUCAUGGUUGACCAUAGUCAUUAGAGCAUUCAGGUCUCCUGCUAAGCGGAACUAUGAGCCAGAAGAUGAAGAAAAGAAAAGAGAGAAACGAAGAUGGGUCUUUCGGAAAACCAGUAGCAACAAUGAUGUUCAACUUCAACAGUGUCGAGAGAAAUCAACAGCACCUGCACCUGUGGCUCCUGUUUUAGACUCUGCAGUGGCUCAUGCAACAGCCAAAAUCAAAGUCAUCAAACUCACUAGGCCGUCCAGUUUAGCUGGACAACAACGGGCUGCUAUAAUCAUUCAAACAGCUUUUAGAGGCUAUCUUGCAAGAAGAGCUUUACGUGCACUGAAAGGGCUAGUGAAGCUUCAAGCUCUAGUUAGAGGACACAAUGUUAGACGGCAAGCUAAAUUGACACUAAAGUGCAUGCAAGCUUUGGUACGAGUACAGGAUCGAGUUCGAGACCAACGUGCAAGACUUUCGCACGAAGAAAGCAGAAACUACUUGUUUGCUGAAGCAGAUGCGAGGAGAUCUCUAUCCAGGGAUUUAAGCUCUAUUCUGGAUAAUUGGGACGACCGCCCAUAUAGAAUUGAAGACCAAACGAAGAAGGAAGCUGCCCUGAAACGUGAAAAAGCUCUGGCUUAUGCCUUUUCUAACCAGAUAUGGAAGUCUAGAAGGAACCCAUCAGCAGGAGAUGAGAAGGAGAUGGAGGAGAGAGGAAGAUGGCUUGAUCGAUGGAUGGCUACAAAGCAAUGGGAAAGCAGAGGAUCAACUGAUAGAAGAGAAACCAUAAAAACAGUAGAAAUUGACACUUCAAGGCCUCAAGCUUAUUCCACUAGGCCUCUGUCUCAAAGUUACCAACAAAAACAAUCAUUCUCUUAUUUCUAUCACCAUCAAUCACCCAUUACGCCAUCUCCUUGCAAAACCAAACCUCUUCAAGUGCGUUCUGCUAGCCCUCGAUGCCCAAAACAAGAAAAAUGCCAUUCUGCAGCACAUACACCAAGCCUAAGCUCCAGGUACCGGUAUGCAAUGGGUGCAACUGGGGUUCAUAGUGCCACCGUUGCAAUUCCAAAUUAUAUGGCAGCCACCGAGUCUGCAAAGGCAAGGGUCAGGUCUCAGAGUGCACCGAGACAAAGGCCAUCCACUCCAGAAAGAGAACGCGGUGCUGGUGGGGCAUCAUCGGCUAAAAAACGACUGUUGUAUCCAGCUCCCGAGCCACAUUGCAGCAAUGGAAUUGGAUGUGGUAGUAGUAGUAGCUUUAGCCAGAGCCUGAGAAGUCCAAGUUUCAAGAGCGUGCCAUGCGGACCUGUUGGAAUGGAGCACCCAUCAAACUGUUCAUGGUAUUCUGAAAGAUUUGGUGAGCAGAUAUCCCCUUGUUCGACUACUGAUCUAAGGUGGUUAAACUAGACAAAUUGGAUGAGACAUACGAGUGUAUCUGUUUAGAAGUUUAUUUUUCAUCUGAUUUUUUUUAUGUUUUUCCACAUUUCAAAUUCAAAAUAAUUGCCUUCAUAAUUCCUACAAACAAUAUAAGUUCAUGACAUCAUAUAUAAGGAUUGGAGAAACACUACUUGCAUUGCAGUGAUCA